AUGCACUCUCUCCUGCCACGUCACUGCACCACUGCACCUACACACAUGCAUAGGGAAAUGCAUUGCGUCGUGUUCCUCUCUCCCGCUCUGACCAGCGCUACACCAUUCGGAAUACGCUUUAUGAGAUGUCCAGUGCGAGUCUGUACACGUCAGCUCGCUUCACCGCUGCGCAGGCGCGUGUGCCUUUUUACAUGCUCAGGCGCAACAGUGAAGGCUAAGAGCGCCGCGUUCCUCCUGUUCACUAUCCGUCCUUCUCUCGCCCCUGUCCUCUUCUUCCGUCAGCCGUUGCUCUCUGCCGCCUCCCUCUACCCCACCCCGCUACCACUGCUACACGCACCCACCCAUACAAACUGGACCGCGUUCAGUGCUUUGGAAGAGGUCGAGCACAUGCACAGAGAGCUCGGUCUACACACGCACACACACACACACCUGCUCAUCCGUGUGCGCCGCGCACGCGAACCGGCUCGAGUAGCCAUCCUAAUCGCCAUCAGUGCCUUACCCCUCACUCGCGUCUUAGUUGUGGUUCCCCGCCAACCUCAAUUCCUUUCCCCAGCACCAUUACUUGUCCUCUCUCGCUCCAUCUUGCGCGCAUCAUCGAUCAUCGGCAGUCGCCAUCGCUCUCUCUCCUCACCCACUGGCACCGCCAUGGCGACCGCCACUAGCGAGUUUACCGAGUUUGCACGUGAGUGGGGUGAUCUCCUGGCAAAAGACUCAUCGGCGUCGAUGGAUCAUCUCUUCAGCACAUACGCGAGACUCAAAGGGGCGAACGAAGUUGCUAGCAGCAGCAGCAGCGAAGGUAGCGGCGAGCCGCCGUUCGGCUCUCCUGUCGCGUCCAUUGAGGACUUCACCGACGUCUGGGCCGCAGCCAAGCGCGUGCACAAAGAAUGGGAGGCUACGUGCAUGGUGCGCAGCAUACGCCACUCCAUCGGCGGCUCCGUUACCCAGACCCGGCUGAUGCUCUCCAUGCUCUGCUGGGCUGCCUUGCUGCGACAAGAAGAGCAGAAAUUCUUCAAGGAGUUCCUUGCACAAGUACGCGAGAUAAUUCACUGCGCUGCUCUGCGCUGCACCGCCUCCGGUUAUGGUGAGGACUCGGAAUCGAUCUACGAGGAAGUUGCAUUUUGCGUCGCUCUCGAGUUGCUUGGGUGGCACGACAGUUUGCUGAUCUGCCUCCAGCGUGCCAUGGCUUCCCCCCCACCUCUGCGCAGCGAGGAUGACGUCUUGCUGUUUACCCGAAAGGUAGCCCAACAGCUCGUAUCAGCCCUCAGUCCACGCCAAUACAGCACCGACGACAUGCCCGUCAUCACCAUCACCCGCUCGUCGGCGACGAGCAACUCGUUGGAGCACGAGCUGCCCGCGCCUACCGCUGAGGGCGAUAUCAGGACCGAAGCGAUGGCGGGAGACAGGGUUGUCGUCAUCUCGCCGAUGCGGUCGCCAUCCAAGGAAUGUGUAUCAUCAUCUUCGCGUUACCGUGACGAGCACGCGCACACACAGCCGGACGCAGUGCCACGAUCAUCUCCAUCGCAGUCCCCUCCCCCCUCACCUCCUCUCCCAGGAAUACUGCAGACACCCGAAAACCGUGGCAGGCUGCUUGCAACACGCUAA